AUGGCUCAUUUGCAAGAGACUGAAGCCCCAGGUCCGAAGAAAAUGAAGCUCUCUCAAGACCACCCCGAAUAUGAAGUUGUAGAUAGCGAAUAUCGCCAGGAAGAUAACUGGACACCUCUUCACGAAGCCGCUGAUCGAGUCGAUAUUCCUAAAUUAAAAUAUCUUCUCAAUUUAGGGAAAUUCGAUGUCAACGCAGUCACAAAGGAAACAAACAUGACCGCUCUUCACUUUGCCGUGCAAGCUUGGCAUACACCCGACAAUCGGGGUCGUCAACCAGAAGCCGUCAAGCUUCUCUUGGAGAAUGGUGCAGCGGUCGAUCCUCACGAUUAUGUUGGCAAGACCCCACUUCAUAUGUCCGUCCAGACUGAUUCGCUGGACGUCACAAGAAUGCUUAUUGAACGAGGUGCAAACGUCAACGUCGGCAGUCAAGAAUCUGAACGUCCAUCCGAACCUUGCGGUGAAGGCUGCGAGGAUGGUUGUGCUUGUGGAAAUCGCAGUGCUCUUCAAGGAAUUCUUGCCGCUGUGACUAGACAGCAUUUCUCGUCGGCAAACUUUCGAAAGGACGCAACGCCUCUACAUGAUGCGGCUACUGCUGGGAACUAUAAACAGGCCAAAUUGCUUCUCGAGACAUUGUGCUGUUGA